AUAUAUAUGGUCACAUGUGGCAACUUGCCCAACUCCCUGAAUUAUAAUACCAUCUCUCUGGUUUAAAUUUCUCGUCCAUCAAUCACCAAAAUCGCAUAUUGCUUGAGAGAACAAUACCCUAUUUUCUACUCUCGUUUCUCUCCCUCUUUCUUCCUUUACCCAUAUCAAAAGAAAAAAAAAAAAAAAAGGAGGAGGGGAUGGAUCUCUUUCUCAUGUUUUUCUACUGUCUUCCUUUGCUUCCUCUAGUUUACAUGGCAUGGAGAGUUCUUGAUCAGAGGAGGCAUCAAAAUUGUUACAUAUUGGACUAUGAAUGCUAUAUGCCGACCGACGAUAGGAAGCUGAGCACGAAAUUUUGUGGCGAAGUGAUUAGGAGGAACAAGCAUCUUGGCUUGAAUGAGUACAAGUUCCUCUUGAAGGCCAUAGUCAGCUCGGGCAUUGGCGAGGAGACGUACGCUCCGAGGAUGGUGUUCGAUGGGCGGGAAGCGUCGCCUACUCUCGCUGACGGGCUCCUGGAAAUGGACGAGUUUUUCUUGGACUCCAUCAACAGGCUGUUCAAGAGAACUGGCAUCUCUCCUUCAGAAAUCGAUGUCCUGGUCGUGAACAUAUCCAUGCUCGCCACGCUUCCUUCAUUGUCGUCCAGGAUAAUCAACUUCUACAAAAUGAGAGAGGAUGUCAAGGUCUAUAACCUGACGGGGAUGGGCUGCAGCGCCAGCUUAGUCUCCAUCAACAUCGUCCAGAGCAUAUUCAAGAGUGAAAAGAACUUGCAGGCACUUGUGGUGACGUCCGAGUCACUCAGCUUGGGUUGGUACUCGGGCAACAACAGAUCCAUGAUACUCGCGAACUGCCUGUUCAGAGCAGGAGGGUGCGCUAUGAUUGUCACGAACAAACCAUCCUUGAAAGACAGAGCAAUGUUCAAGCUGAAAACCCUGGUGAGAACCCACCACGGCGCCAAGGAUGAGUCCUACGAGUGCUGCAUACAGAAAGAAGACGAGAAAGGGUUCGUCGGGUUCCACCUGGGGAAGAACCUGCCUAAGGCUGCCACACGAGCAUUCGUCGACAAUCUGAAGGAAAUAGCGCCCAAGAUCCUCCCCGUGCGCGAGCUUCUCCGCUUCUCCGCGCUGCUUUUCGUCCGAAAACUACGACAGAAGUGGAGCAAAGCAGCAGCCGGGGCGACUGCCAGACCGAUGAUCAACUUCAGCACUGGAGUGGAUCAUUUCUGCCUGCACACGGGAGGGAAAGCGGUGAUCGAUGCUAUAGCACAGAAUCUGGGUCUGAGUGAGUACGACGUGGAACCAGCACGCAUGACGCUGCACCGAUUCGGGAACACGUCGGCUGCCAGUCUCUGGUACGUGCUGGCGUACAUGGAGGCGAAGAAGAGGCUGAAGAAAGGUGAUAAAGUGUUCAUGAUCAGCUUCGGGGCAGGAUUCAAGUGCAACAGCUGCUUGUGGGAGGUGAUGAGAGAUUUGGAUGGGAAGAAUGUGUGGGCAGACUUCAUCGACAGCUACCCGCCGAAGAAUUUGGCGAACCCUUUCCUGGAGAAGUAUGGAUGGAUUCAGAACGAGGAUCCAGAUACAUUCUAUGUUCCUGAUGAUUACGAGAUACCCGAUUAAAUAUUUUUUUAAUUUUAUUUUUUGGGAAAAUACUUUGGGUUCAAAUGAUGUUUUUACUGUGUGUUUGAUUUUUUAUUUUAUUAUUUUCCAAAUCUUUUUCUUUUCUUUUUUGGUUUGGUGUAAGAUUAAAAUAUAGGUCUUACUAUUGAUGAUCCAUACAGGUGAUUGAUUCAUACCAAGUUAAAGGUGGAGGAUACAUUGGUUUAAGGACCUAAAGUUUAUUAAUCAAUUAGUUUGAAUUUUCUGUUGUAA